UUUUAUCUGAACAUUUCGGAAGAACCAUUAGCUCCGAGAGAUAGUUCACGGCGGCUUGGGAUCCGAGGUUAAGCUGCCUGCAACGCAAUUAAGUGAACUCCUGUAUAUACCGUAUCUAACCACCAUGAAGGUACUUCUGUCAAUCUUGCUCCUCAUCUCCUUAGCGGCAUCAGGAGAUAACCUCAGUGACCAAUUGGCCCAGAACAAAUACCUGCUGCAUGAACGAUGCAAAGUUGCACUGCAGGAGCAAAUCAACCUUGAGAUGCACGCUAGCCUCGUGUACAUGCAGAUGAGUGCUUAUUACGGUAACAACAAGGUGGCAAGAAAAGGGUUCAGCAAGUUCUUCGCCGAAAACUCCGACGAGGAACGGGAACACGCCCAGAAGAUAAUAAACUACAUCAAUAAGAGAGGGAGCACAGUUACAAGUUUCAAUGUGAACAUGCCAACAACUACAACAUGGAUGGGUGUAGUAGAUGCCCUGCAGUAUGCAAUGGCUUUAGAGCACAAGGUUACGAACAAGCUGCACGAAACUCACAAGGUUGCUGAAAAGGAAUGCAAGGAUCCUCAGAUGAUGGACUUUAUUGAGCACGAAUUCUUGGAAGAACAGGUAGACUCUAUUGAUAAGCUCCAACGCAUGACCACAGUGAUCCAGAACAUGGACACUGGCAUGGGCGAAUUUCUGAUGGACAGAGAAUUGCUCGAAGGAAAAGAAUUCUGAAACACCUCCUUCGGCCCACAUCUGCACAGUGCUGCACUUAGUGCUGGUACUCAAGCUUAGUCCUCUAUGUACACCAGUACUUGUAUAUAAUAAAAUGUUUCCUAUACUCAA